CAGUUCUUGAGAACUUUUUUCAGAAAUGGCUUUUGAAUAUGGUGUCAUCGCGUUUCUUCUUUCAUUUCUGUUGCUGCAUCAUCAUUUUCCCAGUUCUCUCAUAAGUGCUCAAAGUGAUAAUCUCACAGGUCGCCUGCACACGGUGAAUGAAAGCAGAAAGUUGAAUGAAAGUGAUACUCAACAAGCACAGCCUCCAUCAGAUACUCAAACUGAGAACUUAUUACAAAAUUCCCAUUCAGAAAUACAAAUGAUUGAAAGUGAUUCUGAAACUUCUCUAGUGUCACCAUCAACUCAAACAAGGAAGAAUGUGUUAAGUAUUUCUAAUGUCGAAGUUAAUAGGAUUCAAAGUGAUCGUCAAACUUCUCUUGUGUUACCACCAACUCAAACUCAAAAGAAUGUAUCAAGUAAUUCGAAUGUCGAAGUCAAUAGGACCGAAAGUGAUUCUCAAACUUCUUUUAUGUCACCAUCAACUCAAAGUCAGAAGAAUGUGUCAAGUAAUUUCAAUGUCGAAGUCAAUAGGACUCAAAAUGGUACUCACAGUACUGUACAUUCACCACCAACUCAAAAUCAGAAGAAUGAUUCAAGCAAUUCUGAUCUCAAAAAGCAAAAGACUCGAAUUGAUCCUCACGAUCCUCCAGCUCUAACACCAGCUCAGAUCAAUUCCAUAGUCCCAAGACGAGAGACUCAAGAAUCCACCGACGAUACAGGGCUGCAUGAUGAACUUUAAUAGAAAUUAGAUUGUUACACUAUUAUACAACAAUAUACCAUUGCUUAUAUUGAAUCCUACAUUUGAGAAUAAGUAUUUUA